AUGUCGAACUCACAUCUAGCAGUAACAGCUCAAAAUUCAUCUGUGUCGCUAAAGAAUGAUUUCAACAUUACAGCAUAUCACGCAUCUAUAUCUCAACAUUAUCAUUCAUUACUUCAAAGUUUUCCUACACCCAAAAUCAGAUUGGAUCAAUCAGAUCUCGAGGCAUCAUCAUCUAGCUUACAUUCAAAAUAUCAUUCAACAGGAAAAGCUCUUCCACCUAAAGAUUCCCUACUGGACCCGAAUAUGGAGAUUCAGGUCCUGAUCGAAGAUUGUAAAUCAGCUCCAAUCGAAACGAAACCAACCGAGAACGUUUCUGAUACAUCUUCAUCGAGAUGUGGUAGUUCUUCAAUAGCUACUCAACACACCAGGACCAAUACCAUCAACUCGAAAGGUAGUGAUAUCAUUCCAAGAGGUCGUUCUCGCUUGAAUAAAAUAAUAUCGGGUGAUCGAUAUGAUUUUGAAAAAUCAGAAGAUUAUGAUAGUAAACGAGCUGCUAAACUCGCAAAACACAGAGUAGAGCUUGAAGAUAAGGUCGGAUCAUGGUGGAUUGGAGUGAGAGAAGCGAUAAUAUCUAAUUCGAUCUUAGAGGUUUCAUCUGAUAUUCCAGACCAUGUGCCUUCACCUUCUUUACCUUACGCUGUUAUUCAACGCAGUACAAGAUCACCUAAACCACCUGCAGAUGUCCCAUUACCAACAUUAACGUUUUUCGGUGAUUUCCCUAAAAAAGUUGAUCAAUUCCAAUUGUCAAGUCCAACUCCCAGUCCUCCUAUGGAAAGGAUAAUUUCACCUGAAAGCUGUACCAUAUCACCUUAUUCACUUCCGUCUGCAGCAUACGCCGUUAAUAUCGUAGACAAGGAACAACCUUUAUCUUUUUCUUCUUCUUCACCUUUCCAAAACCAACUAUCAUUCUCUACAAAAGCUUGUAGAGCUACCCUUAAAUCAUGUGGGAAAGUGGGAUUGGGUAUAGGAAGAGGAUCACCUCCCGACGGAGAAUCGAGUGAAAACGAAUGGUUGUUAAACGUAUUGGACGAUUCCAAAGAUUGGGAUAUACCAUUUCAAGCUGAGAAAGAAAUCUUAGCUAAACAAAUCAAUCAAAGAGGUCCUCAAAACCCAAUCAAGAUUAUCGUCAGUGGUGAAAUGCCAACUCCAAAACCCAUGAUUGCUGGAACGACGUUAUGGGGUUAA